AUGAGCCGUGCCUCAGUGCCAGAGCUGUCAGGGGCACUAGAGGCCCCCAGGGCCAGUGGUGAUGUUAUUUCUGCUGCAGUGGCCACUGGAGGGCCUCUGAGGACCCUGCUCCUGUCAGCCCAGUUAGCCUGGGCAGCACAGAUAUUUGGGCUGGUCUGGGCCAGGCCACCGCUCAGGUUCACCUUCAGAGAAGGCUGUGACUUAGAACUCACCCCUUCCUGGGGGCACCACCCUGUGGGCCACUGCAUAGCUGUCCCUACCCUCGCUGGCCAUGUGUGGCUCCUCGAAGGGUUAGCCGAGGCUGCUGUGAAGUCCUGUCAAUAUCCUCACGUGGCCCCGUUUCUGCUGCCAGCACUGGGUGCCAUCCAGCAGUUUCGGCCGCGCCCCUCCCUGGCGAGAGGAGACCUCUCAUUCGGGGCCCAGGUCCAGCCCUGUGAGUGCCACUGCAUUGUCAGAAGCCUCAUCCACGGGGGCCUUCCCUGUGCAGUGCUGGUGGACUUCAACAGCAUCCCAUCGCCAGGGGCAUCAACUCCCUCCUGGCUGAGCCCCGCCACUCUGGAGGACCUGGGGCUCAUCUUUGGAGAUGACCCAGCCAGUCUUAAGCCCCUGAGCCUGGAGGAGAUCUCCAAGAAGUGUGAGUCUGGCUGCCUGGCACCAACCUCACCAGUCCCUGGACAGGACACCCCUAAACACUGGAGGCAGCUAGAGCAGUGGCUGGUCGACCUGCAGGCCAAGGUGGCCUGCCUCUGGGGGCACAGGGACCGCUGCUCCUGCACGACACCGGGCCUGCUGCAGGAGCUGCUCCAGCUGCGGGCCCUCGUGGAGCUCCAGGACACUGAGCUGAAGCAGCUGCAGCAGGAUGUGCGCCAGGCAGCCCGGGCCCCUGAGAAGGAAGCCUGUGAGCUUGCCAGCACCCCAAGCCAGAUCCAGAUGCAGGCCCUGGACAAGAGGUUGGUGGAGGUUCGCGAGGCCCUGGCUCAAAUCCGGAGGAAGCAGGUGCUCCAGGACUCAAAGCAUAAGAGUUCAGACCAGGAGCUGACCCUCAGGUUGAGCAAGCUGACUGGGAAGCUGAGGCAAGAGGGCCAGGACUGGAAGGUGGCCUGCGGCACUCUGCAGAAAAAGCAGGAGGAGGCCAGCCAGCGAGUGGAGCGUGAGGUGGCCAAGAUGCAGGCUCAGGUGACCAAGCUCGGCGAGGAGAUGAGCCUGCGCUUCCUGAAAAGGGAGGCCAAGCUAUGUGGUUUCCUGCAGAAGAGCUUCCUGGCCCUGGAGAAGAAGAUGAAGACCGCGGAGGACGCCCGGCUGCAGGCGGAGGUCGGCCUGUGGGAGGAGCUGGAGAGCCGUUGGCAGAAGCUUCAGGAGAAGAACGAGGAGCUCCUGCUGGUGCUGCGCGGGCAGCGCGAGGAGGAAGAGUCCUGCCUUCUGGACCAGUGUCGGGGCCUGGACCGGUCUGUGGUACAACUGACCAAGUUCCUUACGCAAAACCAGAUGUCCCUGAACCACGUCCUACAGGCCGGGGAUGCCAAGGGGCUCGUGGAGAAGAGCCAGGCUGGGGAGCUGACCACUUACCUGCAGGAAAACCUUGAGGCCAUGCGGCUGGCUGGGAAGCUGGCCCAACAGGAGGCAUGUAGCACACUGGAGCUGCUCCGAGAGAAGAGUCAGGCCCUGGAGGCAUCUGCUGCAGAGUUGGCCAGGCAGGUGAAGGACCUGAGUGACCACUUCAUGGCCCUGAGCUGGAGGCUGGAUCUGCACGAGCAGACACUGAACCUGCGGCUGUCCGAGGUGAAGAGUGAGCGGGAAGGUGCGGAGAGGAAGUCCCUGGAGGACUUGGCCCGGUGGCAGCAGGAGGCUGAGGCGCACCUGAGGGAGGUGCGUGAGAAGGUGGACAGCCUCCCCCGGCAGAUAGAAGGUGUCUCUGCCAAGUGCAUCCUGCACAAGAGUGAGUCGGACCUGAAGAUCACCUCCGAGGGCAAAACCAGGGAGUUUGAGGUGGGGGCGGUACGACAGGAGCUGGCUGCCCUGCUGUUGUCCGUGCAGUUGCUCAAGAAGGACCACUCUGGGCGGAAGAUUGCAGAGAUCCAGGGCAAGCUGGCCACGUUCCAGAACCAGAUCAUGAAGUUAGAAAACAGCCUCCACGACAACAAGACCAUCCAGAGCCUCAAGUUUAAUACGGAAACCAAACUGCGGGUGGAGGAAAUCGCCAUGCUUCGGGAGAGUGUGAUGCGGCUGUGGAGUGAGGAGGGCCCGUGGGCACUGAAAAUGGGCAGCCGCAGGGUGCUCAUGUCCCUGGUGCGCCAGCACUUCUUCGUCAAGGACACCACCCUUGGCGAGGUGGCCUCUGUGAACCAAUGGGGCGUGUAUCAGGCCACCAGGUGGCUGCAGUGGAAGGUGGUGCUCAUGAGCCUGGUGCCCCAGAGGAGACCUAACGUAGCCGCCGAGAAGUUCUGCAGCCUGGAGUCCACCUCGAGCCUCCCGUCUCUGUCCUUUCCUCCGAAAUAAACAAGCUAGCAUGUGAGACCCCUCAA